AUAAAGCUGAACUGGGCUCCAGGAGCCACUCACACACACUCUCACACACUCACACUCUGGCUCUCUCUGGAUUUAACUCUGGAUUUCUAACCUGUGACUCAAUUCACUGGCUGAAAGGUGAAAGAGGCCAAAACGAAGACAAGCAGUUAGUCAGUGGAUGCUGACUGCAGGUUUAGGAUUAUUUUGGUGGAUUAAAACUUGGAAUCUUAAUUUCUUAAUAUUUUUUCAAAUAUUGUUUUUAUCUAGUUAUAGUACAAUACGACUGCAGAGGAAUGUAUUCUUUAAGGAGUGUCAGGAUGGACACUAUUUUUGGCACCAUUCUACUGCUAAUUCUCUACACUGCUGGAAAAGUGGCGGGUGGCUGUUCCGGCCUGUGUUCCUGCCCUCCGUCACCUCCCUCCUGUCCACUGGGAGUGAGCUUGGUGCUGGAUGAGUGUGGCUGUUGUAAGGUGUGUGCACAGCAGUUUAACCAGGAGUGCAGCCCAGAAAAGCCCUGUGACCACAUCAAGGGCCUGCGCUGCCACCUAGGGGCUGGAGGAGACCCGCAGCGUGGCCUGUGCAGAGCUGAUGCUCAGGGCCGGCCGUGUGAGUUCGGUGGCCGUGUGUUCCAGCAUGGGGAGGACUUCCAACUCAGCUGUGAGCACCAGUGCAGCUGCAUGGACGGUGUGGUGGGCUGCAUGCCCCUCUGCCCUCACCACCUGCCUCUACCCAUCUGGCACUGCACCAACCCACGACUGCACACCCCACCUGGACACUGCUGCCAGGAGUGGGUGUGCGAUGACGACAACCGCAUCAGCGAAGAUCCCCAUGACUCCUCACCUCAAAGCCCUCACACCAACCACAUCAGCAAACUGCUGGAGGUGCCUGGUGGCCACCAGGCCAGAGGAAACACGUUCCAAGAGUGGCUGUCGCUUCCAGUGUCUCAAGUGCCCUUCCCAUCUUCCAAAUGCUUCCCACAAACCACAGAGUGGACCCAGUGCUCCGCCUCUUGUGGCUUUGGCAUUUCCAGCCGUGUGACCAACAGCAACCCGCGGUGCAAGCUUGUCCGAGAGACACGCCUCUGCCAGAUCAGAGAGUGUGACAUCACUCCAGCUGUCAGGAAAGGGAAGAAAUGCAGGAGGACGGUGAGGCCCCGCGAGCCCGAGCAGAUCACCUUCGCCGGCUGCAGCACAGUCCGGCGUUACCGACCACGAACAUGUGGCUCCUGUGUGGACGGCCGGUGUUGCAGGCCGUCAGAAACCCGCACUGUUCCCCUUCGCUUUCACUGCGCCGACGGAGAGAGCUUCACACGCAGCGUCAUGUUGAUCCAGCGCUGCCGCUGCAGCAAGAGCUACUGCAGUACAGACAGGGACCACUCUGCUCCUGCAGUUAGCCUGCACAACGACAUACACACCUUCUCACCCUGAUCUCAGUCUACAGUCUCAAAUGGACACGAUUACCCACUUAUCCGAAAUGUAGUCCAGAAGCCAAAGUUUUGCACUGGAGCUACGAGGUUAAUGUAGCUACCCGGUUUUGCUUGAUAGCAAGUAAGCAUAAUUUACACUGCACUUCUAAAUCAUCACAUACUAGCCGUACUACAACUUAAUGAGAUGUUUAGUAUCUCUAACAGACAUUACUCUGAACUGAUGAUUUAAGACUCCAAAGAUCUCACAGCUCUCCAUCUUCUUAACUCCAGCAGGACCAGUGUGUAGACGGAAAGCUUGCACUUUACUCUUCAGCCGCCUAACAACGAGGAUCAUCUUCCUCUGCUUAACUUUAUCCCCUCUGGAACAGUCUUUAGUCCACUGGAAAACACCUGAGGCUUGCUUUUGGAUGGAGCCACACUGACUAACUACAGACAGUUCUUUAGUUCUCAGUAUAUUCUUGUUGUUGGUUGCCAGGUUUGUUCAAAAGCCUGAACGGGGCUUUAAUGAUGUGUAUACCUUGGAAAUACCAAAGUUAGAUUUGGUUUUAUUUAUUAUAGUUUUCUGACUUUAUGAUCCUAUCAGAUGAAAAAGUUAAGUAUCAUAAUAUCUAAAUAUUACAUAUAGGGUCGGUUUCCCAGACAAGGAUUAGGCAUAGAUUCAGUCUUCUUCUAUCUAAAUUUAUCCUAUUUGCUGAUCAAUUUAAUAGGCCAACCUACUCACUAUGACACCCCCUAUCACUAGUAAUGCCCCCAACACUAGGAGGGUGAAGGAUAAAACAUGCCUCCUCUAACACAUUUAAGGCCACGCCUCUUUUUCUAACUGCUGCUGUUGCAGCAUUACCAUGUAGCCAUUGCGUUUGAAUGAAAUCUCAGCAACUCGCCUCCGAUACAUCAGCUAAUAGACACCUGUAGUGAACAACAUCAGCUUGGGAAGAGAGCACCAUAUACCCACCCAGAGAGAGCAAAAUCUAUAUAUUUAAUGGAAAAUAUCUAUUUAACAUGCUGUGUAGUCCAAGUUAAGGCCUAAUCCAUGUCGGGGAAACUGCCACUAUGUCUUAUAGUAAUACUCAAUCCAUAAUAACAGGGAGAUUUAAUCAGUUUUUCGAUUUUGUUCUCAAAAACAAUUUACACAAUUCAAUUGUUAAGAUUUAAAUGGUCAUUAAUAGUUGAUUUCGAGAAAGAUACAGUACACUACCUUGAUUUUCCAGUACAGUAGUAAAUUGUUUAACACUAUUUGGCUUGGAUUUUGGCUUAAAUGUAUUUUGGUGAACCAAAAACAAGAAUUUUACCAUUUAUAAACACAGCAAAUUCACCAAAACCCUGUGGAAAUAUUUGUGUUUAAACUAAAAACUCUGAAGACUGAAACAUGAAGACAUUUUAAAAGAUUGUUGGAACUCCCCAUUAGAUGUUUUAGCUGGUAUAUCUUUUAUGUUCUCAGAUGUUGAGUGUUUUAUUCAGGAACCCCUGAAAACCUGUUAUGUGUAUCAUUGUUAGCUUUAUGCUAACACACUACUAAAAGUCCCUUAAGUGAGGGAACAGAAAUUAGCUUGAUUGUGAAGGUGAGUUUCUGUUAGCGCUUACUGUUCUGUUUAAACCUAUGUAAACAUUACUGUAAAUCCUUACACCUGUCCCAUUCCUAACACAUACGAGUUGCAUGUAUUUCUUCACAAUCAUUGACGUCCUAUCCCAUUUGGUAGGUAAGAAUUAAUUGCACUGUAGCCAUAAAUAAACUGAGACUGCUGCACGUUAUGGAAACGCCUGUAAGUGCAAUCAAGUCUUCCAUAGAGCGCUCUAUAUCUAAAACUAUAUAGCCAGAUGUGCUGGAUUCAGCAAGACAUAUCCUAAGGAGAGAUAUGAAUGGAUUCAUUCUCAUAAUGUAGCCUAGCAUCUGUCCAUUGUCUGCUGUGCUAAAAUGUAGCUUUAAUGUUUAAAUGUAUUUGUGAGUGAAAAGAAACGUGAGGAAUGACACUGUAAUGUAGAUAACAGUGGUGUGUAUGGAGAGUGUGUUAGAUAUUUGUACAGAAUAGCAUGUAAGCUUGCUUUCUUAUUGUGCAGUAUACAGGCUUCACCGUUGGUGGAGUGCCCAGUUGUUUUAGGAGAUUGCUCCAUUUUUCGGGGUGUGCUUUAUGUUCUCAGAUGCUUUCUUAUACCAGAGUGAACAGCUGUCGUGUAUUUACAGUGUCUGCUGUGGAAGAGUUUGACCUUAGUCAAAUAUUGUACAUAAACUUCAAAUGAAAAUUCA